AUGACUCUAACAAGAGGGCUAAGACAACGUGAUAGUCUAUCCCCAUAUCUUUUCAUAAUGUGCAUGGAAGAUCUGAGCAGAAUGAUACAUACUGAAGUGGAAAGGAAGGAAAUUCGUCCCAUUUAUCCUGCUAAAGGUGGUCCUCCAGUUUCUCACCUAUUCUUUGCAGAUGACUGCAUUCUUUUCUCCACAGCCAAAAGAAAAUCCAUAGAAAAAUUAAAAAAUGUCAUUCAUAAAUUCUGUGAAGCCUCAUGUGAGAUGGUCAACCUCAGCAAGUCAAGUCUGCAUUUCAGUAAGAGACUGAAUGAAGGAAUUAAGGAUGACAUUAGUGAAAUGAUGGGAAUGAAGACAAUACCUUUGGAUGAGAAAAAUUUAGGGAUCGAUUUGUUCAUUGGUAGGAGGAAAACUAAAUGUUUCAGUAAUAUUCAAGACAAGAUGAAAAAAAGGAUACAACAGUGGCAGGAUGGUAUGGUGAAUCAAGCAGGUAGAAGCACUCAAAUUCAAUCAGUCACUAACUCCAUGGCUCAAUUUCAAAUGGGAUGCUUCAUCUUUUCUCAACAAACUAUAAAUCAGCUAGAAGCAGUUCAAAGAAAAUAUUGGUGGAACAAAAGUAAUGGUAAAGGUUAUUACUUCAUUUCCUGGAGUGUUGUCUCAAUUCCAAAAAGAUGGGGAGGCUUAGGAUUUAAGAAUUUGAAAAUCUUCAAUGAAGCUAUUAUCACUAAACUAGCUUGGAGAUUAAUUCAGGAGAAAUAUAAAAAAAUGGGCGCUUAUUCUUGA